UGUGUCCUCCCAUCUUCUCCUCUGAGGUAUCUUCUUCUGUUUUUUUUUAUAAAAAAUUUCUUCAUCUUCUUCCCGUCUGCGGAUUCUCACAGAGAGGAGAGACGCGAGGAAUGGCCAACACUCACGCCGAUGAUGAUUUAGACGAGCUUCUGGAUAGCGCUCUGGAUGAUUUCAAGGAUCUAAAUCUUGCUCAAAGAAGUGGGGGAGAUGAGGAAGAUGAAAAGAGUAAAGAACCAGGGCCAUUGCCGACUGGGGUUCAAGGUCUUGGAAUGGGAUUACCCGAUAUGAGGAGCAGAAAGAAGGGGAAGCAGAAAGUCGCUAAGGAGGACCAUGUCGCAGAGACUCUUGAUAAGCUCAGGGCACAGACCCAGGAGACUGUCAAGGGGCUGGAGUCCUUACCGAAACAGCCUGCUUCUGAUGAUGCCAUGGUUGAGGAUUGGAUCAAACAAUUCGAGGAGCUUGCUGGGUCUAAGGACUUGGAAUCUAUGGUGGACACGAUGAUGCAGCAGCUUCUGUCGAAGGAAAUUCUUCACGAACCCAUGAAGGAGAUUGGGGAAAGAUAUCCAAAGUGGUUAGAAGAGCAUGAAGCCAGUUUGAGUAAAGAAGAAUACAAACGCUACUCACGCCAGUACGAGCUGAUCAAGGAACUCAAUGGAGUCUACGAGAAUGAUCCGAAUAACUCAACCAAGAUAAUGGACAUUAUGCAGAAGAUGCAAGAGUGUGGACAGCCACCCAGUGACAUUGUGCAAGAGAUCGAUCCCGGCUUUGAUUUCGCCAGUUUAGGACAGAUAUCUCCAGAAAUGCUCGAGUCCUCUUCGAAUUGCUGUAUAAUGUAAGGGAAGAUCUUCAAGGGCAAGUGGUAAAGCUUGUUUGAGUUUAUUAUUGGUCUUGUAUCAUUACAAAAAAUGAAAUAAUUUUUUUUCUCUAAUUAUAAUAUUACAUAUUUA